UUCAUUUAACGCGAGUGAUGGAUGGAUUAAUAAUUUCAAAGCUAGAUUUGGAGUUCGGCUUCUAGCAAUCAGUGGAGAAAAACUGAGCUCUAAUAAAGACGCUGUCCUGCCCUUUAAACAGAAAUUAAAGAAGACUAUGGCCGACUUCGGUAUCAGCCGACAACAAUUGUAUAAUGACGAUGAAAGUGGCCUAUUUUGGAGAAUGAUCCCAAGCAAAACAUUUGUCCACUCUGGUGAAAGAUGAGCUCCCGGACGAAAAAUUGCAAAAGAUCGCUUUACAUUUUUGGUAUGCACGAACAGCACUGGUGAGCACAAGUUAAAACUUCUGACCAUUAGAAAGACAAAAAAUCCCAGGUGCUUCAAGAAUUUUAGGCCUCCAAUGACAUACACCAACUCAAAGACUGCAUGGAUGACAAAAGAAAUUUUUAAAAACUGGUUUCAUUCAGAAUUUGUUCCACAGGUACUAGUUAUGAUUUAAAAACUAAGUUUGCGAUCUUAGAUCUCUUUAAAAGGUACGGGAGUUUAUGAAGAAUAAUAACCUUUCAAAAAAGGCAUUGCUUAUUCUUGAUAAUGCCCCAAGUCAUCCACCUGAAAAUGAACUUUAAAGCGAUGAUGGCUGCAUUCGGACAAUGUUCAUGCCUCCAAAUGCAACACCACUUAUUCAACCAAUGGAUCAAAAUGUAAUAAGGCUCACAAAGUUGCACUACCGAACAAGCCUUUUGUCAGAUGUUAUCUCUAAAGGGCGAGAUGUUGAAAAGAUGUUGAAAAAAUUUAAUUUACGUGACGCUCUGACAUGCCUUCAAGGAGCUUGGGACAAACUUACACCGGAAGUUAUUGAAAAGUGUUGGCAUGAACUGUUUGCAUAUGAAGCUGUUUCUAGUGACGAGGACGAAGAUGUCCCUCUUGCUGUACUACAACAAAGAAUGCCACUGGAGGAAAUAAACCAGGUUUCAACCACAGCACUGAGUAUGCUACAAGAAGUUUUUCCUGACGUUCCAUGUUCCUCUAACGAUAUAAGAGAAUGGAAUGAAGAUGUAGUUCAGCUGCCUUCUGAUGAAGAAGAACUUUCCUCAGAAGAUAGUGUAGUCGAGGUUAUAGAAGCAAUUAAACCAGCAGAGGCCAUUUCAGCUAUCAACACCAGCCUGAAGUUUGCAGAGCAAUGUGAGGCCGAUGUAUCGACACUUUUAAGCUUAAGAAAUUUACGAGAGAAAGCAAAACCGAGACUUCUUUCUUCCGGGCGACAGUCUACAUAA